AUGCUCUCGAUCAGAGCGCCGCCGUCGUGCGCCGAGCUUACACGCGCCACGCGUCAAACGGCACGGCGCCGAUCCUCGCCCCAGUGGGGCGAUCGCCGCCGCCUCUCGUCGCCACCUCAGAGAGGGCGCCCCAGGCUGAACCCGCACGCGCCGCGCAAAAGUGCUUCCGAGCUUCGUCGAGUUCGUAUCGCGGUGGUAGUGAAAGUU